AUAUUAGACAGCAUCACUGAUUGGUCAAGCAGCUGCUUUACCGGUGAGAUGCACUGUUGAGCGCUACAUCCACUUUAAAGAUUCUGAAUGGUUCACGCAUAGGAGGCUGCUUGACACAGACAACAGACGUGAUGCAGAUGCAAGCCCAGGACCUCCUGAGACAGCUGCAGAUCCCAGAGCUGGAGGAUGUGUGCCAGUACAUGCACAGCCUGCCCGCCAACAUCCUGAUGGGCGUGGGCGCCCUUGCCGCCCUCGCCACCUACUGGUACGCCACGCGGCCCAAGGCCCUCAAGCCGCCCUGCGACCUCAACAUGCAGUCAGUGGCCAUGACGGGUGAUGGUUACGUCAGGCGGUCCAUUCUGAAUAAAAACGACGAGCACAUGACUCACUACUACAGUGACGCACGGACCAUGUACGAGGUAUUCCUCCGAGGCAUGCGGGUGUCCAUUGAUAGGCCCUGUCUAGGAUCAAGAAAACCCAACCAGCCUUACAAGUGGCUGUCAUACCGAGAGGUGGCAGACAAAGCAGAGUGCAUUGGCUCGGCUCUUCUCCACAGAGGGCACUCCCAGACUGGAGACAAGCAUAUCGGCAUCUUUUCCCAAAACAGGCCAGAGUGGACCAUUUCAGAGCUGGCCUGUUACACAUACUCCCUGGUGUGUGUACCACUGUAUGACACGCUAGGCCUCGAGGCCAUUGAAUACAUCAUCGACCAAGCUGCCAUCUCUACGGUGAUCUGUGACUUGGUGGACAAAGUGCGGCUCAUCCUGGACUGCGUGAGCGGCAAGGAGCACACAUUGAAGACAAUCGUGAUCAUGGAGGCCUUCGACAUGGAGCUUGUGGUCCGCGGACAGCAGAGCGGCAUCGAGAUUCUUAGCCUGAAGGAUGUGGAGGCUGUUGGCAAAGCCCACCACCACCAGCCAUUACCCCCAACACCAGAUGACCUGGCACUCAUCUGCUUCACUAGUGGAACCACAGGAAACCCAAAGGGUGGAAUGAUUACACAUGGCAAUGUUAUCGCCAAUUGUGCUGCUUUCAUCAAGAUAACAGAGGUGCACUGCAUGCUGAACCUCCACGACAUUCACAUGUCCUACCUACCUCUAGCACACAUGUUUGAGAGGGUGGUGGAGGGAGUGAUCCUGGUGCACGGUGCCCGGAUUGGCUACUUUCAGGGGGACAUCCGGCUCCUGAUGGACGACCUGAAAACCCUGCAGCCCACAGUCUUCCCUGUCGUCCCCCGCCUGCUCAACCGCAUGUUUGACAAGAUCUUCGGACAGGCCAACGCGCCACUGAAGAGGUGGCUGCUGGUUUUUGCCUCCAGGAGGAAGCUUGCGGAGAUGAUGAAUGGUGUGGUCAGGAAGGACAGCUUGUGGGACAAGCUCAUCUUCCAAAAAGUCCAGGACAGUCUUGGGGGUCGUGUGAGGCUGAUGAUCACAGGAGCGGCCCCAGUUUCUCCAACCGUCCUGACGUUCCUUCGUACCGCACUUGGCUGCCAGUUUUACGAAGGCUAUGGUCAGACUGAGUGCACAGCUGGGUGUACCAUGUCCAUGCCUGGGGACUGGACGGCAGGUCAUGUGGGGGCUCCACUGCCCUGCAACUAUGUAAAGCUGGCAGACGUGACUGAGAUGAACUACUUUGCUGCCAAUGGGGAAGGAGAGGUGUGUGUAAAAGGACCAAACGUAUUCAAGGGCUACCUGAAUGACCCGGAGAAGACUAAGGAGGCCUUGGAUCAGGAUGGCUGGCUCCACACGGGAGACAUUGGGAAGUGGCUGCCUAAUGGCAUUCUGAAGAUUGUGGACAGGAAGAAGCACAUCUUCAAGCUGGCUCAAGGAGAGUACAUUGCCCCGGAGAAGGUCGAGAACAUCUACAUCCGGAGCGACCCGGUGGCCCAGAUCUUUGUCCAUGGCGAUAGCCUGCAGGCAUGCCUGGUGGGCAUUGUGGUGCCUGAUCCAGACUUCUUACCAGGAUGGGCAAAGAAGAAGGGCAUCGAGGGUUCUUAUUUGGAGAUGUGCGCAAGCAAGGAGUUGAAAAAUGCCAUUCUGGAGGACAUUCUGAGGCUGGGGAAAGAAGGGGGGCUGAAGUCUUUUGAGCAGGUGAGAGAUAUCUCGCUGCACACGGAGAUGUUCUCUGUCCAGAACGGCCUCCUGACGCCCACGCUCAAGGCCAAGAGGACCGACCUCCGCAGUCACUUCCAAGAGCAGAUUGACCUGCUCUAUGCGACGAUCAAGAUGUGAGCCCCCGGUUGAGGGGAAAGGGAAGCAGAGGGUGACGAUCAUCUGGAAACCAUAGCCCGCUCUACUUGAAUGUAAUGCUCCUCGGAUGUGGUGAUUGACGACGGUUGUGCCCUCCCUUGUCUACUGUGACAGUGUCUUUGGUCCCCUUGUGAUUUAGAGGGAGGGAGACGGUUAUGUUAGAGGCCUAGACCGGGAUUUGUACAAAUGCAGGUAGACCCUGCACUGUGAUUAGACUUAGGCAUUUUUUUAUACAUUUUUUUUCAGACGUUCAUGGCACGCUGUGUUUACGGCAAACAUGAUCAUGUCAGCACAAACACUUUUGGAAGUAAAUUGCAGUGCAGCAGGUUGUUUAUCCACAUUUGUUUAUCUAGGCUGUAGUGAAAGAGGGAGAGAUUCAUGCCUUACUGUCCAUGUGACGCUCUGUGUCAACCAUUCCUGUCAUCCAUUUCAAGUGCCCAUCGAGUCGUCUGUUUGGAGUUUCUCGACCAUCUCACGGUCGGUAAUCCCUCAAUUGUCAGUUUCAAUUAACUCAUUUGUACUAAUCAUCUCUAAAUUCUGACAAACUUUAGAUUAUUUUUGUUAUGUUAAUACCACACCCAUGCAGAUGUUUCAGUAUCAUCCUUGAUUAACUUGAGAAAUACAGUAGCUAUUUAUAGCAGUCUAUUUAAUGUUUAUCUUAAUUUAAUUUGAUAUUUAAUAUAAUUGAAUGUUACUGUAAGUAAUGUGUCUGUAUAAGGGGGGGAAAAUCAUGAGCACAUCAAUGGAUCAUGGUUGAUACAGGAAGUGCCAUGUUUUCUUUUUCUCUGCAUACCAACGUUGUACUGUCAGAAGGCCUAGUCUGAACAAUUCUGAAACGUUCCAGAUCUAUUUCACACAUGUCAAGUAGGAAGACGUCCAUUCAGAAAGGUGUUAUGAUUUUCUGAACCGCUAAUGGUACAAAAGCCUGGCAAAGGAAACAAGCCUCCCACACAGCAGGGAUAAAAGACUAGGUUGUGUGUUUUCGUUCUGGUAUUGCACAUGCAAAGUGCCACCGAUGUUUCUGCUUUUACACAAACAUUUAUUCCGUAAGUGUCCUUAAAACUACAGUGGCUUCAAUGUGCCAAAAUGCACACGCUGGUACCUGUCCUAUCCACAGAACUUAGUCCUGUCGGCCAAUUGGAACCUGGGUCGUAAUUCUGAAGGCAACAAUCAGUAGCCAGCUGCCCAAUUCCGAUUCUCUUUCCGAAAGGUGCACUUUUGCAUCAUUUCUUUACACCCAAUUAUUCCUUUUAUGUGAAAGGUCUAUAGCUAGCCCAUGCUUACACAUCCAAUGCUUUUAAAUGUUUUCAAAUGGAGGUGGUAAAACUGACCUUUGUCCAAUUGAACUGCACACUCACCAUCCAUUUGAAGAUGUUUGCUCCCAUUUGAUGCCUAAUGAAGGAUACCCUGGAGAAUGAUCAGGUUAAGCUGGUUUAGACCAGUACCAAGCCAUGGCUCACUGGCCCCUUGCAAGCUUACUUUUGUGUACAAAAUGUACAAGAUUUGUGUUAGGCCUAACCAACCAUUUACCUCUAUAUAAGGAACCACAUUAUAGACAUUUGUCUCCUUUGCAAUCUAGCAAGGGUCCUUUUGUGAAUUCAGGUUAUUUAACAAUGAAUUAAGUGCUCAUGAUACACGUUGACCUGUUUGUUGACCUGUUUGUUAACAUUGUUCUGUACUGGGUUUCUGCUUGGAUCACGUUAUCGAGACACCGUCACAGAUGGCCAAUACUAGGAACUUGACCUCUCUUUAAAUCGACUUAACCGUGUUCGGUUUCGAUGUGUUUUGUACAGGAGUAGAAACCAUACCUUUUCAUUUACUUGACUCUACCAAAUAAACACUUUGUCCCUGC